AGCUUGUUUUCAGAAUUUCGCGCCCAUCACACAGUAAAAAAAGUGUGGAGACCAGUCUCCAAGUUACUUUUUUUUCUGUGCACGUUGAAUUUUGUAUAAUUAAUAUGAUAGCCGAGUUUAAUGAAGUGAUGGAGAAUAAAAAUGAAUCAAGAUUUUAUUUUCUAUUAGAAAAUGGAAAAAAUAUUGACCAUCAAUCGGAACGAAUGAAAAAGGCAUUUGAUUUCGUGAAUCAUAAAAAUUAUCGGGCCGAGUGGAUCGAUUUCGAUUAUUUAAAAAUAAAAAAUUUAUCAACCAAAGAUCCAUCCUACCGGAUUGUUAUUGAAAAUUUCGACGAUUCCAAUAGUUCAUUCGAAUAUUUACGACAUAAAGAAUUACGAAUUAUCAGUCCAAUUGUAAUUUUUUACUGUUUUAGAAAUAUUUGUUUGCAACCAUUUUGCGAUUUACCAUUAAGACCAUAUCCCAUAUUUAGCCAAUGUAUGCGUGGAUUAGAAGUAACUAGCUCACAUUUAUCACCGAUAAAACAACGUCAAAUUAAAAAUAAAAUCGAAAUGAUGUCUGGUAAAUAUUGUAAUAAUUUACAUACCACCACCUCGUUUUUGGUUACCGAUUCAAUGUUGUCACAAAAAACCCGUUCAGCAAUUGAGAAUAAUAUACCGAUCAUGAACAUUGAAUGGAUUGAAUCAUGUUGGCUAAAAUAUCAAUAUGAAUAUCGACGAGCAGGUGAAAUGGAUAUUGUUUCCAAAUAUCAGGUGCUAAUUUUUCACAAGCUAAAUAUCGUCGUUUCAGGUCAAUCUAUGAAAGAACGUGAAGAAAUAAAAAAUCUUGUCGAAACAAAUGGUGGCCAUUAUAAUCCUUCGUUGAUAAUGAAACCAAUUCAAAAGAAUACAAUUUUAUUAUUGAAUUCACCGAAUGGAGAAAAAUAUAAACAUGCAAAAACGAUGAAUAUACCCUGCCUUCAAACAAAAUGGAUUUACGAUUCACUCGAAACCGGACAUAUUUUACCAUUUGAUCAAUAUUAUAUUGAUACUGAAUCGGAAAGUUCCGAGAAUGAUGUCCAUGAAAAUGUCUAUAAUCCAGAUGAAGAUGAUAAUUAUGAAGAAAUGAAUGAUGAAAAUGAAACUCAACUCAAUCAAGUUGAAGACGAAGUAGAUGUCGAAAAUGAUGAUGUUGAAGAAUAUGAAUGCGAUCGUAAUAUGUGUUCAUUAAUUCAAGGUGGAAAUGAAGAACAAAAUUUGGAAAUGAAUGCACCUAUUCCAACCAUUAUGUUUUCCGGAUUUGAACGGGAAGAAAAAUUACGUCUUUCAAAACUAUGCAAUGAAAAAAUUCCCGAAAUAAUUAUUAAAGAUGAUUCAAUUGUCACAAGCGAACUUACACAUCUCAUCCUUGUUGAACCAUGUGGAACUGAAAAAGUCUAUGCAGCAAUAGUGGCAGGUGCAUUCAUUUUGAAGCCAAAUUACAUAGAAGAUUCCAUUAAAACAAAUACAUUAUUGAAUGAAAAAGAAUAUCAAUGGGGUAAUGGAAUUGAUGAUGAAAAAAUUGGUACAUGUGGUCCUAAAUUGAUGAAAUCUGCAAUUAAAUGGAAUAAUCAUUUAAAACAGAUCAAACAAUCUAUGUUUCAUGGACAUAAAUUUUUAUUAUUAUUCGAUGUUACUAAAUUCAAUUGUAAAAUGCUAAUGUCUUGUGCAAAUAUUCUUCGUGCUGGAGGAGCGGAAAUAAUUCAUCCUGAUGAAUUUAAUAAUGUUGAAAAAGAAGAACUAUUAGAAUUACUUCAUCAUAUCGACUAUGCUAUAAUUCAAUGGCGUGAAGGACAAAAUUUUACUAUUAAUCAUAAAUCAUUGUUUGAUUAUAUCGAAUAUUUUGAACAAAAUGAACGUUUAAUUACCGACACUAUUAUCUAUAAGUAUAUAAUGGAAGGUCCUGAUGUUACUUUGGUAGACCUCAUUGCCAAGUAUCCUACCAAUAUUCACUAAAUAUUCUUAAUAAACUAAAUCUUUAAAUAAAGUAAUUUUAAAUUAAA